AGGUGGCCAGAGUGUGGGAACGCGAUUGCUUCCAAUUUUCCCACGAGUUAGUUGUGGCGAUGCUCGACUGCUCGACACCUGGUCCGUGUAUAAAUAGCGCCCCUACCACGUUGGAUCAGUCAUUCAGAGUCUGACGCUCGUAGCGCACACAGCUAGCUCAGUGUUCCGUUCAAUAAUAUUGUCUAUCAGUUCAAGUGUACAAUGUCUUACGAAAUGUUGCAAGUCGAGGAAACUCAACCGAUCUCUAGGACCUACCAAUACAGAAAAGUCAUGAAGCCGAUGUUGGAGCGCAAACGAAGGGCGAGAAUCAACAGGUGCCUGGACGAACUGAAGGAGUUAAUGGUCACCGCCCUGCAAAGCGAAGGCGAAAACGUCUCCAAAUUGGAGAAGGCCGAUAUCUUGGAACUAACUGUUCGCCACCUCCACAAACUUCGCCGCCAACAACGUUUAAGUGCCAACCCCGUGAUCGACGCGGACCGCUUCAGGGCCGGGUACACCCAUUGCGCCAACGAAGUGUCCCGUUGUCUGGCUUCCACUCCCGGAGUUGACGUUCAGCUGGGUACUAAACUGAUGACCCACCUAGGACAUCGUCUUAAUGAAAUGGACAAAGUGACGCCGUUAGUGAUCCAAGUGUCCGGCCCGUACACACCCCCCAGUUCACCUGUGUCCGAAGAAGUGACAAGCAUUAAUUACUCGAUGCCUUUGACGCCUGCUUCGUCGACGUCGUCUAGAAAUACCCACAGUCCGAGCCAGCCGAUGGACUGUUCCACGUCCGGGCUACUGAAGGUUGCCCAAAAAACCGAAAUCUGGAGACCUUUUUAAAACUGUCGGUCUGGGAUUGAUGCUCAAGUGCUUUAAAACUAGGAUUAGGGGAUGAUCUCUUUUGUUCAUAAAUCUUUCAAUUAUUUGUUUUUGUAUGAAAGGAAUUUGAAGCUUUAAAUUAACGAUAGGAAUAUUUGUAUUGUAUAAGACAGAUUUUUUAUAUUUUUAUUGUGAUAUUUUUAUCGGUACCUGUGAUGUCAAGGCAAUGUUUAUUAUAUGUAACUGAUUGAAAAUUGAUGCCUAUUAUAUGUUUUUCUGUAUCACAAGCAUAACUGUGAUAAUGUUUUGGUAUUUUUAUAAAAAUACUUAAUGAAAAUAAAUACGAAUUGUUUAUAUAA